AUGGGCAACGGAGCUAAAGCCUCGAUGAAGCGCGAGCGCAACCAAAAGGAUGCGAAAGCUGCCAAAUCACAAACCAAAUCCACAACCAAGGCUCCGGCGUACGUUUCGUCUUUCAACCCUCGAUCUCAUCUUUUGUCAGCGCCCAAUUUACUCACAUAUCUUCGGAUCUGUUUUAGUCUCCUCGAGCAUGCCUCCAACAAGCACAAAAAGGGCCUUGCCGAUUGCUUCCCCGGUGUCAGUGUCUGA